AUGGUAUCCACCGAGAAGGACAUCGCAUACGCGGAAAUAAUUGCAUAUGCUAUCGCCUUACCAAUGGCUGUCUUUGUGAUCUUCUCUCAGGGUUUCAAGAAGAAGCUCGGUUGGGUAUAUAUUGGAUUGUUUUCUGUCGUCAGGAUUGCUGGUGCAAUGUUUGAGCUUCGAAGUAUACAUAAUCCUGCUAAUACCAGUGAUGCGAAAUGGUCGGUUAUUAUGCAGUCUGUUGGGUUAUCGCCUUUGUUUAUGGCUACAUAUGGUUUGCUUUCUAGGACUACUGAUAUAGUAUCUGGUUAUGCAAAAGCUGGCACUCUCUUUGAGAUGCAAAAUGGCGGAUACUACAAGCCAAUCAAUUCAACAUCUGGAUCCCUACGAAGUCGUUUCAUUUAUUUAAUGCAUAUCCCCACGCUAAUUGCUCUGGCUCUUUGCAUUGUUGGCGGCACUCGAGAGUUUGACGGUACAUCGUCCAAGAUCUCAUCCGGUAGAAAUCUUACCAAAGUCGGAAUCGCUAUCUAUGUAGGAGUGCUUAUUAUUCAAAUUUCGCUUGUCAUUAUUACGUUUAAAGAUUAUUACAAAAUCCCUACCGGACAUGGUCGAGUGUUCUGGGCCGUUGUUAUUGCCAAUCCCUUCUUGGCCGUCAGAUUGAUUUACAGUGUUUUGGCGGCUUUCACUUCCAUCAAAUCCUUCUCUGUAAUUGACGGGUCCGCGUUAGUAAGAUUGCUCGUGGCAAGUAUUGAGGAAUUUACGGUAGUCGCAUUGUAUUUACUUGCGGGUUUAAUGACACCAAGUCUGAAUACAUAA